UUCUGUCCCUUCCAGCCAUCCUCAAUAACCGCUCACUGUGUUCUGUCCCUUCCAGCCAUCCUCAAUAACCACUCACUGUGUUCUGUCCCUUACAGCCAUCCUGAACCUGGACAAUACUGUGGUGGACCUGGAGACUCUACAAGCCCUCUAUGAAAACAGAGCACAGCAGGAUGAGAUGGAGAAGAUCGAUAAGCACAUCAAGUCAUCUAAAGACAAGGACAACGCCAAACCACUGGACAAACCUGAACAGUUCCUAUUCCAGUUACAUCAGAUCCCCAACUUCUCAGGCCGGGUGUUCUGUAUCCUGUUUCAGUCCACCUUCUCUGAAUGGAUCUCCUCUAUCCUGCGCAAACUGGCCAUCCUGCAGAGAGUGUGCACGACCUUGCAGAGUGGCCAGUGUGUGAUUCAGGUGCUGGGUCUGGUCUUGGCCUUUGGUAACUUCAUGAAUGGUGGCAACCGAACCAGAGGACAGGCUGACGGCUUUAACCUGGAUAUCCUGCCCAAGCUGAAGGAUGUGAAGAGCAGUGAUAACACAAGGAGUCUGUUGUCCUACAUAGUUGCUUACUAUCUGAGACACUUUGACGAGGACGCCGGCAGGGAGACGUGCCUCUACCCUCUCCCUGAGCCCCAGGAUCUGUUCCAGGCUUCACAGAUGAAGUUUGAGGACUUUCAGAAAGACCUGACCAAGUUAAAGAAGGACCUCCGAGGUAAAUCGUGCAACACAGAGGUGGAGAAGGUGUGUAAAGUAUCGUCUGAGGAUCACCUGCAGCCCUUCAAAGACAAGAUGGAGGAAUUCCUCAGCCAAGCUAAAUCUGACCUGGAGGUCCAGGAGAUGCAGCUCAGCGACACUCACAAGUUAUUCUUGGAGCUAACCGUGUUCUACCAGGUGAAGGCUAAGAUGGGAGAGAAGGAGGUUUCCCCAAACACCUUCUUCUCUGUGUGGCAUGACUUCUCCUCCGACUUUAAAGACCUGUGGAAGAAAGAGAACAAGAUGAUCCUACAGGAAAGACUGAAGAAGGCAGAGGAGUGCUUCCGACAAGCCAAGGAGAAGGCUACCUACAGUGUCAAACCCAAGCAUGCCUCGGGAAUCAAAGCCAAGCUGGGCAUGAAGAUUUAAGAUUGGUCGACGUCCAUUUUUACUGUCGAGCGAGAGAGACGAGGAACAACCAAGUUGGACUGCAUGUACUACUACAGAUGAAUCACUUAGGUUUAGAACAAGAACCAAAUGACACACUUUUCCCUAUAUAGGACACUACUUUAGACCAGGAUCCAUAGGGCUGUAGUUUAAAGUAGUGCACUACAUAGGGAAUAGGGUGCCAUUUGGGACAUAAACUAUUAUUUUUGACUCCAAGCAGCUGUCAGUCUGUCCAUCUCCCGUCCUCCUGCCUGCUCUAUGGGACCGACUCUGCAGGCUUCUGUUAUUAGCUCGUCAGACACACAAACAUCAACAUCCAAUCAGAAAGAAGAGGGAAACACCAUGAGGUCAGAGGAUGUCAUUAUACCAGAACUAUAUUUAUAGGGCGACUUCCACAGGGACAUACUAAAGGAUACCUGCUGUAGAGAUACCUGGAGCCACCUUCUCCACAGGGACAUACUAAAGGAUACCUGCUGUAGAGAUACCUGGAGCCAUCUUCUCCACAGUCCCUACCCCGUACAGUAGAGAUGGCUGGAGUCAUCUUCUCCACAGUCCCUACCCCCUACAGUAGAGAUGGCUGGAGUCAUCUUCUCCACAGUCCCUACCCCCUACAGUAGAGAUGGCUGGAGUCAUCUUAUCCACAGUCCCUACCCCGUACAGUAGAGAUGGCUGGAGUCAUCUUCUCCACAGUCCCUACCCCCUACAGUAGAGAUGGCUGGAGUCAUCUCCUCCACAGUCCCUACCCCCUACAGUAGAGAUGGCUGGAGUCAUUUCUCCACAGUCCCUACCCCCUACAGUUGAGAUGGCUGGAGUCAUCUUCUCCACAGUCCCUACCCCCUACAGUUGAGAUGGCUGGAGUCAUCUUCUCCACAGUCCCUAUCCCCUACAGUUGAGAUGGCUGGAGUCAUCUUCUCCACAGUCCCUACCCCCUACAGUUGAGAUGGCUGGAGUCAUCUUCUCCACAGUCCCUACCCCCUACAGUUGAGAUGGUUGGAGUCAUCUUCUCCACAGUCCCUACCCCCUACAGUUGAUGUAUUGACCUGUAAAUGCCAAACAUGUUGCCUGUUCAAGCUUACUGCAUACCAUGACAAGAUGUGUGUUUUCCAAAGCAAUAUAAAUGUGUAUUAGGCUCACUGAAACGGUGAUCGUAUAUACAUAUUAAAAACACAACCUCAUUGGACUGUGUAUGUGAAGAGAAACACAGCAGAACGUUCUAGAAGGAAAACGAAUACAGCCGUUGUCCAGGACACGUCCCAAAUGGCACCCUAUUCCCUAUAUAGUACACUACUGUUGAACAGGGCCCAUGCACCCUAUUCCCUAUAUAGUACACUACUGUUGAACAGGGCCCAUGCACCCUAUUCCCUAUAUAUAUUACACUACUGUUGAACAGGGCCCAUGCACCCUAUUCCCUAUAUAGUACACUACUGUUGACCAGGGCCCAUGCACCCUAUUCCCUAUAUAUAGUACACUACUGUUGACCAGGGCCCAUGCACCCUAUUCCCUAUAUAUAGUACACUACUUUUGACCGGGACCUAUGCGCACUAUGUAGUGUUCCAUUUGGGAUGCAAACCUCUGACUGGUUGAUGUUCGGUGUUAUUGGUUUUAGGCCGUUGAUCUCACAGAGAGAGUAAUUAUUGACCCUUCUUAAUCCCCAAAUGGUUGGCAGCCAACCAAGUUGCCUUGAAUGUUCUCAACAAGCAUUGGAAAUGAAACGUGGUAUUUGGGGGGUGGAAUCAGCUUCUUACCCUUAGCUGAGUGUUCUUCCAGCAACAUAAUAACCUUGAGUAAUGGACUUGUGUCCCAAACUGCUCCCUUUUAACCUAUUUAAGUACAUUUACUUUGGAUUAGGGCCCAUAGUAUAGUGUUCUAUAUAGGGAGCCGUUUGGCAUACGAACAUGAUGUCCAACGUUGAGCUCAACUUGAUUCGUGUGUCCGGCAGAGAAGAGCUGUCUGUAUCCUUCCUGACGAGUAGAGAGGGUUUACCCACUGAAGCUCUUCUCUGAUCCCUGUUCACUCAAUCUAGAAGACACAGCUUGUAGAACAGACUUCUGGGCAUGUUUUACUCACUUAACAAAAAAAACAUCACUUCAAAGACAUAUUUCUACUCUUAACGAAGGGGGAAAAAUAAAUGACAAUUUUUUGGGUGUAAAACUGUAAAUGUAUAACUUAUUCCCUGUUUUCAUUUAUCUGAAGUGAUGCCAUGUGAGUCGGUAAGAAGACAUUUCUAAUGUAUGUGAGGACAGAGAGGGUUAUGGGAAAUGUAGUGUGUUGGUUUGAUAAACAUUUUGUUAAUGUAAGAUGGUGAACAGUCCUAAAGGAAUGUUCGUUUACAUUGAAAAGUGCAUUCAAAUAAUUGACUUGGUUACUAAAAUAAUAUAUUUAAAAAUGCUUUUAUCAAUGUAAAGUAGCAUUGUAUUCUUUAUGUAACAUAUUUUUGUAAAGAUUUUAUUUUCUGUCCCCCGGCAUGUUAAAUCAUCAUCCUGGAGUUGUUGGAUAAGGUUUAUUAUUGUAAAAUGUGUUAGUAUCUUACUGGAUCUCUGCUUGUUUCUGGGAGCAGCAAUGUCAUUUAUCUACAAUAAAAGGAAUAAAUUCUGA